AUGUUCUCUUCAACUUCCAGUAAUCAAAUCAGUCUUCUCCCGAUACCCGAACAAGCGGCUUCAUCCAGCUCUCGUUCAACUACAACAGUGCGCCGAAGGACCACAACGCCUGUCGGUGAAAAGCCAGGCAAAAUCGAAAGACGAAAGUACCGCGUGGGUGAACGUGUGCAAACAAUAGCAGAACCAUCAUCACCUUCCUCGUCCGCGUCUGGAGCAGCACCAGGAAAAAGCGAAUACAUUGACGAUCCGGUGCCCAAGUCAAGAGGAGAUGGUCGCGGGAGAAAGCCACCGCACGAGUAUUUGAGCGACGCACAGAAGAAGGCCAACCAUAUUGCAUCUGAGCAAAAACGACGUGCCAAUAUUCGUAUAGGGUUCGACCAGUUGGUUGAUAUUGUCCCCACGCUCAGUCACUGUCAUCGCAGCGAAUCACUGAUCCUGCAAAAAUCUGCCGAUUACAUACGACAAUUGGUUGAUAACAAAAAUUCCCUCCGCGAACGGGUGCGAGAACUCCAAGUCGCGCUAGGUGAUGUGUAA